CUAUCUAGGGUGUAUUAUAAAAUAUACUGUAUAAAGUUAUAAACUGUGAAAAAGAUAGAUUUAUCUUCAUUGUUUUUAUAUACUAUAAAUAUGAAUUGUAUUAAUACAUAUUAUUGAUACAAUAUUUUAUAAACAGUUUACUUUUGCUGUCAUAAUAGUACACCUGUACGGUUUAUUUGUCAACUACCCAUAUAGUAUAAUGUUAGGGCAUAUAAAUACAGUAUGUGAGUGUGUUUCUUAUUGCAUUGUAAUGGCUUGGAAAUAGUAUUAAAAAAUUUCUCGGUCUCUUUAACAGAGCCCCUGGUAUGACGAAUAAACUGCGUGAACCCAUAAAAAUCGUUGUGCAGAGAUGGUGUGAAACGAGACGCUCUCUAUGACCCUGCUUCUCUGCUGCGCGCGCUGCUGCAGCAUCAGUGAGAACGACAGAAAUCUGCAACCGAGAAAAUGAAGAGAUCAAAAUGAUGCGGAUUACAGACGCGCAAUCUGUCGUGAAAAUCCAGGGCGCACCGCUGUUCUAGUUUCUCUUAUACUCGAUGCUUUCGCGAUUAAUCGUUUUCACACACCGCGCGAGGACACCAGAUGAUGCGCUGCAUCUGCCAUGCUGCUGAUGGAUACUCUACAAUCGUUCAUAUCGGGCAUUAAUACGCUAUGAUCAUAUUUUAGGACACAUUGUUAAUCGGUUUUUAUUCGUUGUGCGUUCAUUUUCACACAGAAGGGGCAUGUUUAUAGAAUAGGAGGCUCUUGGACCAACGACACAGGGAUGCUGUUAUUGCACCGCCUAGAUAAAGCCUAACAGACCAUGAUGAAGACCGAAUCCUCAUCCUCCUCAAAGCCAGUGAGCGCCACCGCGCUCCGCAGCCCCUCGCCUCACCGCAACGCUUACGAAGCGGCAGGGAUUCAAGCGCUGAAGCCGGCGACGGAUGUCUUUAAUAACGGCGAAGCUCAAGAUGGCAAGCCGAAGCUCACCAGCCGCGGCCGCGCGUACGGCUCAAACGUGCACCGCAUCAAGAACAUGUUCAUGCAGAUGAGCGCAUCCUCGCCCACCGAUCCCGAAGAUCCGCAGAGGGCGAACGGCGACGGUAAAGCCGUGCGCCUCACCCUCCCGCGGGCCGGCAGUCUGAACGAGAACGUGGACCACAGCGCGCUCCUCAAACUGGGAUCCAGCGUCUCCGAGCGCGUCAACCGCUUUGAUAACAAAACGGACGUGUCGCCCCGGUUCUCCAAGCUCCAUGAGACAAGGAAGAUCUUCGAGCAGCAGAAUCAGGAAAAACAGUCGGCAUCCAACCGGGUGUUGCUCAAGAAGGAACGCGCCGCGGGAUUGCCGGAUGCGUCGCGCUUGGACGUGGUGGCGCGAUUUAACGGCAGCACGGAGUCGCUGGAUAGCCUGGAUGCGAUUGGGGGGCCCUGCGAGGCCGUGUCUCCCACUGUCAGCCAGCUCAGCGCCGUGUUCGAGCGGGCCGCCGAGUUGCGAAACAACCUGCACAGGCUCUCCAACACGCCCCCGCUGCCUUUGCGCGGGGUCACCGGCCGGGUCGGUGCGCUCAACUCCAAAGUCAUCACCAAACGGGUACGCACGUUUCCUGCGGGAGCGAGCAAGGAGGAUGGGGUUAACCAGCACCUGGUGGACCAAGACGGGACCCUAAACAGCUUUAACGGAGCCUCUGGGGAACAGGACAGUCUCAAUGCUGUAGACAAAGAGUCCUCAGAAGCUAAGCAGACAGGUGAGAUAGAAGACUCAAGUGCCACUGAAUCCAAAACUCUUGAUAAAUCGGGAGAGGUCACUGCCACAAAGGCGAAAGGUACUCUUGUUACGGCUGGUGUCCGUACCUCUCUGGAAAAUGGAGAGGUGACUUCCAACGGAGGGGCCUCGGAGAGAGACACUAGCAUCGCUGACACUGGAAAGGCAGAGGAGGGUCAGCCAGGACAUGUACGUUCAUCGGUGGGGGUCUGUAAGAAGGACAACGAUGAUGGCACUCUGAAGGAGGAUUACUCUGUGGAUAUCAGUGCCUACAGCGCAGUGGGGGAAGACUCUGGUGGUAGUCAGCUUGAGGAUGAGGAGGAUGAAGAGGAUGUAUAUGAGCCAGAGUCGAGCUCCGCUGAGGUUCCUGGAUUACCCGACGAGGAGGAUCCACCCCCGAGCAGGAAGAUUCAAUUCAGUAGUGCUCCCAUUAAGGUUUUCGCAACCUAUUCCAAUGAGGACUAUGACAGAAGGAAUGAUGACGUGGACCCCAUGGCUGCUUCUGCUGAGUAUGAACUGGAGAAACGUGUGGAAAGGCUGGACCUGUUCCCUGUUGAACUGGAAAAAGAUAAUGAGGGUUUGGGUAUCAGUAUUAUCGGGAUGGGUGCCGGAGCCGACAUGGGACUGGAGAAGCUUGGGAUAUUCGUCAAGACUGUCACAGAGGGAGGAGCGGCUCAUCGGGACGGCAGGAUCAUGGUGAAUGAUUUGAUAGUGGAGGUGGAUGGAACAAGUCUGGUCGGUGUGACUCAAAUUUUUGCCGCCUCAGUUUUAAGAAACACAUCUGGCAUUGUCAGGUUUAUAAUUGGCCGAGAGAAACCGGGAGAGCAGAGUGAAGUGGCUCAGCUCAUCCAGCAAACCCUUGAACAAGAGCGCUGGCAAAGAGAGAUGAUGGAGCAACGCUACAGCAACUACAUGGGGGAUGAGGAAGAGGGUGGUGAUUAUGGCACUGAUGAAGAGGAAGAAGAUGAGAUGAGCCCCACGUACCCAAGUGCCAUAGAAGUGUUUGAUUUGGCUGAGAAUGAGGACACGUUGUCACCCGUGGAAGUGGACCCUGAGAAGCUCGCCCACAAAUACAAAGAAUUGCAGAUUAAACAUGCUGUGACUCAGGCUGAGAUCCAACAGCUGAAGCGGAAGCUGAAUCAUGCGGAUCAAGAGAAACAGCGCUGGCGUGCAGACAAGGCCCAGAUGGAGCGUAACAUGCAGGAGAACCGGGAGCGCAUGGAGAAGCUGGAGGGAUACUGGAUGGAGGCGCAGAGUCUGUGUCAGGCUGUGGAUGAGCACCUGAAAGAGACACAGGCUCAAUAUCAGGCUCUGGAGCGCAAAUACAGCAAGGCCAAGCGUCUCAUUAAAGAAUAUCAGCUAAAGGAGAUUGAGUUCCUGAAGAAGAAAACGGGUCAGGAGAAAACUGUAGAAGAAACUGAAGCUUCAGAUAAAGAAGAAACAGACCAACCCCAAGACAAGGUAACAGAUGUUGAGUCACAGGUUGAGGAACUGAAGACACUGGAUCCGUCGUAAAGUUAAUCAAUGUUAUAUCUACUUCAGUGUAAAUGUAUUGGAACGGAGGAAAGAAUCUGUAAUAAGAGAAUCUAUAAUGGUGUCCAUUUAGUUAUUGUCAGUAAGCCCUACAUGAGUUUAAUAACCCUCCACCUUCCAUUUUAGGAUUUUUAUGGUUCUGUAGAUUUCCAUUUCUUUAUUUCUAGUAUUGUGAAUAAUUAUUUCCCUCCGCAGUGUUUGCUUUGAAAGCCCUUUAUUUACCUUAAAUGUACUAUGAUAUUAAUUCGAAUGACAAUUUGAUGUAAAACCUAAUCUAAACAAAAUAUGUUUUUCGUAACAAAAUGCGUUGCAUUUCAUUAACAAAACUGUUACUUUUGCUCUUGAAGCUGAUGAAAUGGGCACAGGGUCCAGAAUAAGUGGGGAAAAAAUCAAAGCCCCUGAUUCAGAAAUUCCAGUAAUGACCUGCCACUUUCUGCAUUACCUUCAAAUUAUUGUUACUAGUUUUAUUUUUGUUUACAUAUAGUAUUUUCAGGAUCGCACCGAGAAAGCAAGUUUCGACACAUGAUAGAAAGUCCUUUGUCAAUAUUCUUUUAUUAACUUUAAACAGAAAGCACAUUUGUGGUGAAGUUCGAUUGUUUUGGGAAUAAUAAACAGUCUGAAGCAGCUGAAGAUGAAGUAUUUAGCUAAUAUUGUGUGGUUAUUUAAAACGUAUUAUAAUUUAGCUUAGCCAUUCUUUAUAGCCACAUUUUAAGGGCGUUUAUUUCAACACCUCUUUUCAGAUGCCUCUCUUCUACCAGCAGUCCACACUAUACCUCUCGUGCAAGGUUUUUGUGACUUGAACCUUAAAAACCAACUGCUGCCUUUUUCUCAGUAUUACUUAGGGAAACUUCAGCCAGAAAUGAAAAGUCUGACAUUAUUUAGUCACCUUUGAGUUGUUCCAAAUCUGUAUAAAGGUCUUUGUUCACAGGAACAAUACAGAAAGAUAUUUGGAGUAAUGCUUAUAACCAAACAGAUUUGGCCACCCAUUGUCUACCAUAGUAUGAAGAAAUACAAUGAAAGAUAAAAGUGCCCCAGAACAGUUCUUCAAAAUGUCGUCAACAGAACCAAAAAAAAGAUAAAGUAAUUUUUCCUACUAUGGGAGUCAAUGGGGUGCGAGAUCUGUUUGUUUACAAGCAUUCUUCCAAAUAUCUUUCUCUGUUUUCAUCAGAACAAAGACAUUUAUACAGAUUAAGAACAACUCAAAGGUGACCAAAUAAUGACAGAAUAUUCAUGUUUUGGAUGAAGUAUCCCUUUAAGUGUUUCACUCACUCCCAGUGUUCAUUUAGGUCCUUCAAAUUUCUUAAAAGGCGUCCAUACCAUAUGGUGUUUAAAACAACAACAACAAAAACAGGACAAUGAGAUUGGCCCCCACAUGUGUACAUUUUUACAUGAGUGUUGUUCAUGUUUGAAUACAGUUAGGGUGUGGACAGGCUCACAAUAGUUUGACACCUGGAACCGAUGUUUUUACUACUGCCUGGAACCUGCCUCAUUGAUUCUUCUGUAUAAUGAACCCAAAACAGCACAACAUUCUCACACUAGCUGCAAUAACAGUUCGGAGGAAAGAAAACCAACAUGUGAACAUAUUUAUGUGAAAUGUAGGAGGGCCCAAGUUGAUUGUGAUUGUAGUUUGUAGGAUGUCACUAUUAUCCUUUCAGCAGAGACUUAAUAAAUCAAUGAGGCAUGUAAACGAAUUUGUUUUUCAGUGCAAGCCUUGUAUGGAACACACACACCCAUGUGGUUUGUUUUGUGCUUUUAUGAAAUAAACAGUCAAUUGUG